GCACUUUUCCUACUUGUCAUCAAAUAAAUAGAAUUAAACCAGCAAGAUUUGUGUUACUACAAAUAUCAACAUACAGGUAAUAUGAUAUAACAAGAGGGGCUAAUUCACAGGUCCAUAUAUAGCUCCAAAUUAAUAUCAUAAGGGCAGAAAGAGCGGCUUAUUGACUAGCUAACUAAUUAGCCAAAACACAUCGUGAAAUUAAUUCCACCGGAAGUGUCAACGCGAUUUAAUUUUUACAAUCUAUUCUACCGGAAACGUCUCCGUUUGUUUUAUUUUGGCAUUUCCUGUACUGACAGCGGCGUUACCUUGAGUGUGAAACCUGCACCGGAAGUGGCUCCACAGUGGAGCGCUACAUUGAAGUGAUUGUGUUCGGAAUUGUGUCGACUGAUUUUUGUCUGCUGCUAAAAGGUGCUAGCAUCAUGUGCUGUGACCUGCGUUCCUGUCCAGAGAUGACCUGGAGGAUUCCGGAUGGCGAGGAGGACGGCCCAGAGCAGUGAUUCUCAACAGCAGAUGCUUGAGUACCCAUCUUCAUCGUCAGCGAUGAUGCACACAUCAGUCGUCAGCUGCAGGAGGAGUUUGGGUGUUCUUUUUAACGGGCUGCUGGUCUCUGUGGUCGCCGCUCUGCUUUGGGAGUACUCCAAGCUGAGAGAACACGCCGCCAUGCUGGAGGAAGAGCUGCACAUGACACAGCCGUCCCAAGAAUUGACGCAGGCCCACCUGGACUACCAUCUGGCCCUGCGAGCGUUGCAUGAAGACGGCACCCGUAUGGUGUGCAGCGGCAAAAUGCACACCGACCGCAUCUGCCGCUUCGAUUACCUUUGCUACAACACCGAGGCGGAGGAGUUUGUCUUCUUUCAUUCCAAUUCCUCCAUCAUGUUGCCAAACUUGGGCUCCAGGCGUUUCCAACCCGCUCUGCUGGACAUGUCCUCGGUGGAAGAUCACAGUACCCAGUACUUCAAUUAUUUAGAGCUUCCAGCCGCCGCUUUGAGGUUCCUGCCCAAGCCCGUGUUUGUACCAGACGUGGCGUUCAUUUUAAACCGCUUCAACCCUGACAACAUCAUGCACGUGUUUCAUGAUGAUCUGCUGCCGGCUUUCUAUACCAUGAAGCUUUAUUCCGACCUGGAUGAGAAGGCACGCUUGGUGUUCAUGGAAGGCUGGGGGGAAGGGCCGCACUUUGACCUUUACAAAGUGUUAAGCAACAAACAGCCUCUUCUCAAAGAGCAGCUGAGGAACUUUGGAAAGCUCAUUUGUUUCACCAAGUCUUAUGUGGGCUUGUCCAAAAUGACAACUUGGUAUCAGUAUGGCUUUGUCCAGCCUCAAGGUCCCAAAGCCAACCUUCUGGUCUCUGGGAAUGAGAUUCGUCAGUUUUCUAAAGCUUUCAUGGAUAAAAUCAACAUCACGGUGGAGGCCAAGGGUACAGAUGGGAAUGACAAGGAUAAAUACAUCGUUGUGUUCAGUCGCUUAACAACAAGGCUGAUCCUGAACGAAGCCGAGCUCAUCAUGGCGCUGGCGCAGACCUUCCAAAUGAAGGUUUUUAAAGUUUCCCUGGAAGAGCAGUCCUUUCCCAGCAUUGUCCAGGUCGUCAGCGGUGCUUCCAUGCUAGUCAGCAUGCACGGAGCUCAGCUUAUCACCUCGCUUUUUCUCCCCAGAGGCGCCCUCGUGGUGGAACUGUUCCCGUUUGCUGUAAACCCAGAGCACUAUACUCCGUAUAAAACGCUAGCCACUCUUCCUGGCAUGGAUAUUCACUAUGUUUCAUGGAGGAACACCAAGAAGGAGAACACCGUUACACACCCCGACAGACCAUGGGAACAAGGAGGCAUUGCUCACUUGGAGAAGGACGAGCAGGAGCGAAUAUCCAGCAGCAAAGAAGUCUCAAGGCACUUGUGUUGCCGCAACGCAGAGUGGCUUUUUCGAAUCUACCAAGAUACAAAAGUCGAUAUCCCGUCACUCCUUGAAGUGGUCAGGGAGGCCGUGAAGUCUCAGCACGGCUUUAAGAUGUCCAAACCCGCCAGCAAGAUUCAUCCAGGGCGGGUCCGAGAAGCCCAGUGUCACACCUCGGUGCAAGCCGCAGACAAGGCAAAGAUCACAGUCUCUUGGCAGAUCCCGUGGAAUCUGAAAUACCUGAAAGUAAAAGAAGUGAAGUAUGAGGUGUGGAUUCAAGAACAAGGGGAGAACACCUACAUGCCUUACAUCCUUCCUCAGCAAAACUACACCUUUUCUGAAAAUAUUAAGCCGUUUACCACCUACCUGGUUUGGGUCAGGUGCAUAUUCAGCAGCAACCUCCUGGGUCCCUUUGCUGAUGUUCUUGUGUGUAGAACUUAAGGUACAUUUGUCGUACGUUUGUGUCAGCCAGCUCAAAAUGGAAAUUCAUGGAUUUUGGAAUGGGGUUGAAUAUUUACAUGCUCUUAAAGAAGUGAAAUUGUGAAUAAACUGUAGAUCUUAAAAUAAGAAGGAAUGAUGUGACUUCUUUUCUGCCAUUGGUUGUUGCUUAUUAUAUCAUAAUAACUCAACACAUAACCAAUGCUUGAAAAUGCUAGUAUGCUUCAUUGUCCUCCAUUAUGUUGCAUCUUACCGCUUUUAGUUUGGAGUAAAUAAAUAAAUACAUAGUACUUACUGGGGAGGA